GCUCGUGUGAGCGCUGCCGUGGGGAUGGCCGCCGCGGGGGAGACGCACACGGUCCUGCUCCGCAGCGACGGCAGCGCGGUGGCCUGCGGAUGCAACGAGCUGGGGCAAUGCGACCUGCCGGGCCUCGGCGCGGGCCUGACGUACGUGCAGGUGGCCGCGGGGGGCACGCAUUCGUAUCUCUUUGCUUUCCCAGGAGCGAUGGCACGGUCGUGGCCUGCAGCAACAACGCUCAUGGGCAGUGCGACGUCCCAGCCCUGGGUGGUGGCCAGACGUACUUGCAGGUCGCCGCGGGUGGCUACCACACGGCCCUGCUCCGGAGCGACGGCACUGCUGUGGCCUGCGGCCUCAACCUCCACGGGCAGUGCGACAUUCCAGCUCUGGGCGGAGGCGUCACCUACACGCAGGUUGCCGCUGGGCGCUACCACACGUUCCUUCUCCGGAGCGACGGCUCCGCGGCGGUCUGCGGCUACAAUGGAGGUGGCCUGGGUCGGGGCUCGUCCGCGUGCGACGUUCCGGAUCUGCAGGCGGGACAGGCCUACGUGCAGGUUGCCGCAGGGGGUCUGCACAUGGUCCUCCUCCGAAGCGACGGCGCGGCCGUGGCCUGCGGGGACUGCAGCCUGGGGCAGUGCGACUUCCCCGUCCUGGGCGGGUGCCUCUCGUACGUGCAGGCCGCCGCUGGAUUCCAGCACACGGUCCUGCUCCGCAGCGACGGCACGGCCGUCGCGUGCGGCGACAACCGCGACGCGCAGUGCGACCUCCCCCCCCUCGGUGCAGGACAGACGUACGUGCAGGUUGCUGCUGGUCUCGAGCACACAGUUCUACUCCGCAGCGACGGCAUGGCUGUGGCCUGCGGGUUCAACGGCCACGGCCGCUGCAACGUGCCAGCCCUGGACGCCGGCUGCGUCUACGGGCUGCCCGCGCCUGUCCUGCAAGCGUCGCUGGAGGGCGAAUUCAUUGUGAUUCAGACCCUGAACGGGGAGGAGCUCUUCCGGAUCGGGGCGGCGCCCACCAGCCGUCCCGUGAAGAGCUUGCUGGCCUCGUGCCUCGCAGGCAUGGCGUGCCCGAAGUUCGCCAGGGCCGACGUGGUCCUGCCCAGGGGCGCGCUGCUGAGCGGCAGCGCGCGCGAGCAGACGGUUGCGGGCGCCUUCGGGCUCGCCCUCGGCGGCUGA